AUGGCAACUUUGCCCCUUCACGUACCUGCGCUUGUUGAUAGCCUCAGCGGCAGCAACUACACGUUCUAUGGCAUCCGGAUGUACGGUCGGGUCGUCAUUGUCCAGGCCGACGCACUGCCUGCCUAUGCGAAGUACCAUCUCCCCGACGACGGGGGCGCUCUACCCCAUGAGAUGACGCUGCAGGACACUUUAGACGCCCAGCGACAGCGAGUGCACGACAUCGAUAUCAUUCAAUCUCAACUGACGACGAUCAAGUGGCAAACCAUAUCCUGGGCGUACUUGGACAGGAAAGGAUGCCGGCUUAUCCAAAGGAACCGAAAGAUGUACCAAAUCGCCAGCCCCACCUGGACGACCUUGAUCGAGGAGGAAGACAUAACCUUGACGAAGAUAAUCGACCUUUACCACCGGCAAGGUACUUGGCGAGGAAAGCAAGUCGAAGUGUUCAGGGGUUGGACGGAUGAAUCUCUGUAUCAUAUAGAGCGGGCCAUGCGCGCGUUUCGAGAGCUCGAACGCAGAGGCCUGUUGGAUCUCACUCAUGAGAUACUGGGUCACAUAAUUAGCGAUGGCCAGGUUGUGGGAUACAUCACCGAGCCGAUGACCGGUAGGAUGGUAGAGUGUUGCGACCAAAAGCUCGUGUACAGCGCCGUGGCUCGCAUGCAUUCCGCUGGCCUGAGCUAUACCGGCUUUACUGACUCUGGGCUCAUGAUCACCGACAACAAAGUGCAACUCACGAAUUUGCCUGGGUUGCUCAUCGCCCGCGAAGAGGACAAGCGACUAGAUUGGGAAAGCGUCGAAGAGCUAUUCAACCCGGACUGCCGAGGCAUUCCAAACUUAUUCAUAGCCCCGAAGGAUGCGGUGGACGAGUACACCGUCCUCUCCAUCACUCCGGAUCCGGAGCGCCUUUUCGAUAGCAACUUGUUUUCUUUCCAGGAGAUUUUGGCUCCUGCCUUUCGUCGCUGGCAGGAGAGAUGCCUGCGCGACGAGAAGCGGCGGAAGCGCGCGAAAAGGGAGAAGCUACUUGAAGGCCUCGAUGGGUCUACCGCAUGCUCAAGUAGUACUGUCUCCGUCGCAGGUUCGUCUCGCGCGGCGUCCAUUUUGUCUGAUGCUGCGUCGACCACGUCACGCUUCCAUCCAUAUGGCGAAGUUAUGCGCCACCGCCUCAAGAUAUCUGUCGACGGUGAAGAAACUAGCGCGCCUUCCGAAGGCUCGGGCACCCUUGUAGCCAUCUCUCGGGACGUACCUCUUGCACCAUUUUGGGAGUGAAGAUUCCCUGUCAAGUUGCCCUC